GAGCUCUUGAAAAUUUCAUCUUCUAUUCCGAUGUCCAUCUCUCUCUCUAUUUCUCUCUCUUCUUUUGGUUAAUUUCUUUGUUUUUUUUUUUUUUUUUUUGGCUUGGGUGUUUAAAUUGUUUUCAUAUUUUUAUCUUCCUUUCUGCCCAUUAAACAAUGAAAAUGGCAGAUUACCAAUCAUCCUUUCCCCUCUAUAGGAAACACCCAUCAUUGCCCCCAACAAUCCUUUUCAACCUUAGAAACCUGAGCUUCUAAGAUAUUCCCUCCCUUCCAUUCUUCCUAUGAUGCUGCUGCUUCUUCUGCUUGCGUUCUGCUUGUUCUGCUUCUUCCAAUUUAAAUAUCGCUCUUUAUAACCUUUUUUUCCCCCUUCUCCCCUCUCACUUCCCACUUCUCUUUUCUCUCCUCUCCUCUCCUCUCCUCUCUUCCACCCUAUUCUUUUCUUCUUUUUCUCUCUCCUUUUCUUUUAAAAAAAAUAAUAAUACUAAUUCUCUUUUGUUUGAUCUAUGAUGGAUCCUUCUUCCACCAACUCUGUCAAUGGCUUCUACUCCUUUCUGACCAGAGGGAUCGACGAUCUCGAACGAGCCUUCCUCUCCAACAACUUCAUGUCAAUCCAAUUCCUCCAAAGGGUCAUUUCCCUCCUUCGAUCCUUCCAUACCCAAUUGACCCUCCUCGUUCAAAAGCUUCAUUUGCCCGUCGGCGAGAAGUGGCUCGAUGAGUACAUGGACGAGAGUUCCAAGCUCUGGGAAGUCUGCCUUGUCCUCAAAUCCGGAAUCUCCGGCAUGGAGAAUUACUACUCUGCCGGCUUCAACAUCGCCGCCUCGCUCGAUGGUCAUCACCAUCUAAGUCCGCAGCUUUCUCGCCAGGUGAUUCGGGCAAUCUCGGGCUGCCGUCGGGAAGCCGUGGGAUUGGAAGAGGAGAACAGAGCAUUGAUAGAGACGAGAAUCCAACCGCUUUCGCUGCGAUUCGACGAGAAGGUGUCGAUCGAGUCGAAGCUGAACGGGUUCAAUGGAUUCAGGGGAGUUCUGUACGCAAUGAGAAAUGUGAGCUCGCUUCUGCUGAUGAUCCUUCUCUGCGGAUUGGUAUACUGUUGGCCGGAACCGAAUUUCUUGAGAGGAGGAGAAUACGAAGGGUGCUUGUUUUUCGGAUCGGGGUUUAUGAUAUCGACGGCAAGGUUGCAGCAGAGGGUAGCGGCGGAGAUAAAUCAGAUGAAUGGACGGCCGGGAAUUCUGCUGUACGAGUAUCGCAGAUCGAAGAUGGCGAUGGAGGAGCUGAGGGGAGAACUGGAGAGGAGGAGCUCGCAGGGAGCGGGGGAGACGGAGUGGGAAGCAGAAGUUGGGACAAGAGAGUGUGUGGAGAACUUGAAGGCGUGUUUUGGGGUAUUGAGAUCUGGGGCGGACUCCAUCGUCGGCCAGCUUGAUGAUUUCUUUGAUGAGAUUGUGGAAGGGAGGAAGAAGCUUUCCGACUUUUGCAGCCACAGGUAGAGAGAGAUACAUGUAUUAGAAUAUCAAUCAGAUGUAUGUAGGAGAAGAACCAUGCCAGUCGCAGAGGCUGAGGGUGCUUGUACCUUUAACCCCCCUCCUCUUCUUUCAUCCUCUUUCUUUUCUUUACUUUUCUUUUCUUUUCUUUUGGUUUUCUAUUUUCCCUUCUCUAUUGUGGUUUCUUUUGCUCAUAUAGUUACUAUAGUGAAAGCUUUGGAGAUAA